ACAUCUAGGCUCUAUAUCCGUUACUGUACAAGUUAUUAAGAGGGGCGCAUCCCAACAACCACUGUCACAUGGAGUGAGGACAUCAGGCAAUGGAUGUAUGGGUCAUUUGUGUCAUUCUUUCUUGGAUUACAAUUAUAGGAUUACCUGAUGUUGAAUCGAACCUUAGCCUGGCCGAAAACUCGAAAGUGCUCGAUGAAACAGGCAAACCUAUAAAAAAGAAUGUUAAAAAAAUAUUUGAUGAGAAGCCUAAAACCUGUGUGAAGAUCAACGGCAACUUGAAUAUUACGUUUGCGGACCGUUCAUUUAACGUUAUCAGGAUUGUUGUCGAGCCACGAGAUAUAACUGUGACGGUGGGUGGGACGAACCUACACAAGAACUGUUCUUGUGAAACGAGCAAAAUAAAGAAGAAAAAAACUAACGUCACUCUCACUGCCGUCAACUUUACUUGUCCACUGCUAACAUCGACGAGCCUCCAACUGUUGGGUGUGAACCGACUGUGUGAUGUCCAGCUGUAUAACACGUCGGGUAACGCUGCAAAAGGUCUGGAAUGCACAGAGUGGAAUCAAAAAGAAGAAAACAUCACCAACAAGCCAGCUACAACUCCAUCAGCAUGUAACCCCGGUACCUUUGGCGCCAGCUGCACUGACACGUGCGGAGAUGGAUGUGUCAACAGCACCUGUGACAUCAGAGAAGGAACUUGCUCCUGCUUGCCCGGAUGGAAUGGAUCAAGAUGUGACACUGAAUGUCCAGACGCAUCCUACGGUGACUACUGCAAGGGUAGAUGCAGUCGUGGGUGUACCGGACCCUACUGCAACAAGACGGACGGAAUAUGCAGGUGUAGGCCGGGGUAUAAUGGCUCGACCUGCCACGAUGAGUGUAAAAACGGAACCUAUGGUCACUACUGUAAUGAAAGCUGCAGCGAAGGCUGUUCUGCCCCCUGUAACUCGGCCAACGGGUCGUGUACCUGCAAACCCGGCUACACUGGAUCUACCUGUGUAGAAAAGUGUGAAGACAGAACCUAUGGUCACUACUGUAAUGAAAGCUGCAGCGAAGGCUGUUCUGCCCCCUGUAACUCGGCCAACGGGUCGUGUACCUGCAAAUCCGGCUUCACUGGAUCUACCUGUCUUGAAAAGUGUGAAGACAGAACCUAUGGUCACUACUGUAAUGAAAGCUGCAGCGAAGGCUGUUCUGCCCCCUGUAACUCGGCCAACGGGUCGUGUAUCUGCAAACCCGGCUACACUGGACCUACCUGUGUAGAAAAGUGUAAAGACAGAACCUAUGGUCACUACUGUAAUGCAAGCUGCAGCGAAGGCUGUUCUGCCCCCUGUAACUCGGCCAACGGGUCGUGUAUCUGCAAACCCGGCUACACUGGACCUACCUGUGUAGAAAAGUGUAAAAACGGAACCUAUGGUCACUACUGUCAUGAAAGCUGCAGCGAAGGGUGUACUGCCCCCUGUAACUCGGCCAACGGGUCGUGUACCUGCAAACCCGGCUACACUGGAUCUACCUGUGUAGAAAAGUGUGAAGACAGAACCUAUGGUCACUACUGUAAUGAAAGCUGCAGCGAAGGCUGUUCUGCCCCCUGUAACUCGGCCAACGGGUCGUGUACCUGCAAAUCCGGCUUUACUGGAUCUACCUGUCUUGAAAAGUGUGAAGACAGAACCUAUGGUCACUACUGUAAUGAAAGCUGCAGCGAAGGCUGUUCUGCCACCUGUAACUCGGCCAACGGGUCGUGUACCUGCAAACCCGGCUUCACUGGAUCUACCUGUCUUGAAAAGUGUAAAGACGGAACCUAUGGUCACUACUGCAAUGCAAACUGCAGUGAGGGAUGUUCUACACAGUGUAACAAGGAGAACGGAAAGUGCAGCUGCAAACCGGGAUACAGAGGGAACAAAUGUGUCCGGCAGUGUAAAGACAGAACCUAUGGCCACUACUGUAAUGAAAGCUGCAGCGAAGGCUGUUCUGCCUCCUGUAACUCGGCCAACGGGUCGUGUAUCUGCAAACCCGGCUACAGAGGACCUACCUGUGUAGAAAAGUGUGAAGACAGAACCUAUGGUCACUACUGUAAUGAAAGCUGCAGCGAAGGCUGUUCUGCCCCCUGUAACUCGGCCAACGGAUCGUGUAUCUGCAAACCCGGCUACACUGGACCUACCUGUGUAGAAAAGUGUAAAAACGGAACCUAUGGUCACUACUGUCAUGAAAGCUGCAGCGAAGGGUGUACUGCCCCCUGUAACUCGGCCAACGGGUCGUGUACCUGCAAACCCGGCUACACUGGAUCUACCUGUGUAGAAAAGUGUGAAGACAGAACCUAUGGUCACUACUGUAAUGAAAGCUGCAGCGAAGGCUGUUCUGCCCCCUGUAACUCGGCCAACGGGUCGUGUACCUGCAAAUCCGGCUUUACUGGAUCUACCUGUCUUGAAAAGUGUGAAGACAGAACCUAUGGUCACUACUGUAAUGCAAGCUGCAGCGAAGGCUGUUCUGCCACCUGUAACUCGGCCAACGGGUCGUGUACCUGCAAACCCGGCUUCACUGGAUCUACCUGUCUUGAAAAUUGUAAAGACGGAACCUAUGGUCACUACUGCAAUGCAAACUGCAGUGAGGGAUGUUCUACACAGUGUAACAAGGAGAACGGAAAGUGCAGCUGCAAACCGGGAUACAGAGGGAACAAAUGUGUCCGGCAGUGUAAAGACAGAACCUAUGGCCACUACUGUAAUGAAAGCUGCAGCGAAGGCUGUUCUGCCCCCUGUAACUCGGCCAACGGGUCGUGUAUCUGCAAACCCGGCUACAGAGGACCUACCUGUGUAGAAAAGUGUGAAGACAGAACCUAUGGUCACUACUGUAAUGCAAGCUGCAGCGAAGGCUGUUCUGCCCCCUGUAACUCGGCCAACGGGUCGUGUAUCUGCAAACCCGGCUACACUGGACCUACCUGUGUAGAAAAGUGUAAAGGCGGAACCUAUGGUAACUACUGUAAUACAAACUGCAGUGACGGAUGUUCUACACAGUGUAACAAGGAGAACGGAAAGUGCAGCUGCAAACCGGGAUACAGAGGGAACAAAUGCGUCUGGCCGUGUCUUCAGAUACAUUAUGGGUCAAACUGCAACGAAACUUGUUCAGACGGAUGUGUCAACGGAGAGUGUGACAAAGAAGACGGGACAUGUUCGUGUCGGCCGGGUUGGAAAGGAAAUAAAUGCACAACAGAGUGCCCUCUGGGAUUCUAUGGAGACAGCUGUAACAGGAUGUGCCCACAUUGUCUUGAGAAGAACUGUUCCAGCACUGAUGGUCGGUGCUUGUCAAGCUGUUCAGCUGGAUGGAGAGGCGGGAAGUGUGAGAAAGAAUGCGACCAGGGACAGUUUGGUUCCAACUGCCGAUCUAGAUGCAGCCUGGGAUGUUUCAACUCAUCCUGUACACCAACUGAUGGAGAAUGCAAUUGCACAGCGGGAUGGGAAGGACCCAAAUGCGACAGAGAAUGUGAAAGUGGUACGUACGGGGAGAACUGCACCCUGCAGUGCAGUCUUGGUUGUCGGUUCCCGUGUCACGGUGUCAGUGGGCGGUGCAAGUGCAGAGUGGACUGGACUGGUCCGCAGUGUCAAGACAAAAUAGGGCUGCGAAAGGCUGAUUUUUUCAAGAGCGAGUUGAUGUUCCAUGUUGUCGCUGCAUUCGCCAUACUUGUGAUCGUUGUCAUGGCAGCCGCGGCCUUCUUGUUCCUCAGGGAGCCGUUCAUGAGGUGGAGAAAUGGCCAUGUUAUCAACGCCGGCGACGUCGCUGCCCCACGUCGUCAAGCAGGCAAAGACGAUACCCAGGAGACAAGUCUUAGUAGUCGUAACGGCCCGUCUCCACUUAAAGGCGUCCCAAAGGCCACAACAUCGGGAGGAGAGUCCAGCAAGAACGUCUCAAUGAGAGGACGUCUCUUUCAGCAUAAAGAAAGGCGAGUUACUCUGAAGAAAUCGUUGAUGUUCGAAGAUCCGACGGUGGGCCAAAUGUCAGAUGCCGGAUGCGAGGACGACCCCAAGGACAGACACAAAGAAGCAACCACUGAACAAGACGAUGCAUUGGCCAUAGAAGAGAACGAGAUCUAUAUUUCUGCAUCUCGGAUCGCAGUCAAGGAUUUUCAAACCUAUCUUGCUCAGAAGAAAUCCCAGAAAAAAACUUUCGACAAAGAAUACAGCGAGUUCCCCCAAGGGCUCUCAGCCUCUCAUAAUGUUGCGCUUAUCCCAGAAAACAAUGUCAAGAACAGGUUCAAGGGAAUAUACCCAUAUGACCACAGCCGAGUAUGCUUGAAAACCAAGAGCACCAUGGGAGGGUAUAUCAACGCCAGCUACAUUAACGGUCCUUCAAAUAAGCGACAGUACAUCGCCGCUCAAGGCCCCUUACCCAGCACAGUGACUGACUUCUGGGAGAUGGUGUGGGAGAACCAAUGUCCUGCCAUCGUCAUGCUGGCCAACGUCAUGGAAGAUGGAAGGGAGAGAUGUCAUCAGUACUGGCCUGACAAGGGCGUGUCUGAGUUUGGAGAUUGGAGCAUCACCUGUCUGGACAUCUGCCAGUUAGCGGAUCUCACCAUCAGGACCCUCAGUGUUCAGAGAAAACAUGGCGUUUCUAAGCAAGUGAAGCACAUCCAUUACACUGUUUGGCCUGACAAAGACGUCCCCAAGUACCCCAUGUCGCUUGUAAUGUUGCGAAACACUGUUCGAGAAUUCUGUGAUUUUGACAAGGGACCAACUGUCGUUCAUUGCAGCGCGGGAGUGGGACGCACAGGGACACUCAUCUCCCUGGACUAUCUGCUACAGGAAGCGGAAGAGCAGGGAAGCGUCGAUGUGUACGCAUGCGUGUGGAAACUAAGGACGCAGCGGCUUAAGAUGGUCCAAACAAAGGUCCAGUAUGUGUUUCUUCACGACUGUGUGCUGGACGCUCUGGCGUACACGACGCCGGCAGUAACAACAGCAGAGUUUGGCAACGUUUACAAGCAACAACAGAGAGAUACUGACGGGAACAAUGGCAUGGCGGCAAGAUUUGAGAAACUGAACAGCUGCCCAGGACCUGCAGUCACUGCAACUGUAGCCCGCUAUGCUGAAAACAUUCAGAAAAAUAGGAGACAGUCACUAUACCCAGAUGACAGUGAUCGACCUCUCCUGACAACUGAAGUGGAAGGCCAAACAGAUUACAUUAAUGCGGUUUUCGUACCGUCCUACAAGAAGCAACGUGCCUUCAUCUUGACCCAGGCACCCAUGCCAUCUACAGUGGUGGACAUCUGGCGCCUCAUCCACGACUACCGCAUCUCAGGCAUUGUGGUACUGGAUGAUUAUAAAGAGAAUGCAUCGGGAGACUGUGCUGUGUAUUGGGCUGAAGAGGGCAAGCCAGGCAAUUAUGGGCCCUUUGCUGUAUCGUUCAUCAAGCGUCAAAAUCACCCUGGAUUUCGAACAGAGGUUUACAAGUAUUCAAUGAAGGGUACAAAUGAAACAAGGGAGAUAACUCUGUUUCGAGCAGAUUCUUGGAAAUCGACCGAUCUUCCUCGCAGCUCUGUUCAUUUCCUUACUCUCUUGGAUUACAUCAGACAGUGGAACUCCAGCACGGCCCCUAUCCUGGUUCAGUGCAGGGAUGGAGCAACUCGGUGCGGGCUGUUCUCUGUGGUCAGCUCUAUACAAGAACAUGUCCUCACUGCACAGCUUGUGUCAGUCGACCGGGCCAUCAGAACCACUCGCAAUGUCCGGCCGCAGGUUAUACCCACCAUGGAACAAUACAGAUUUUGCCAUGAUAUUAUGAUGGAGUACCUGAGAGGACCAUGGAAGGGGAAAUAGCAUAUUUCAUGAGAGAUGAGAGAUGGCAUUUAUGGUACUAGGUCAAUGCCACAUACGUGAUUAUGUACAGCGAUGGUUUUGUUUCAAGCUGAACCUUUGGCCUUUUUUUAAUUCUGUUUUAGUAAUGUUUGUUGUAAUAAACAUGUAUUGUUACUCUUUUCUAGAUUGGACAAAUUUCCUUUUUUAUGCCUAGGUCUGAUAUACAGGUUCACUUAUGACGAGUAGAGAUACACACAGCAGACAUAUUUCAAAUACGGAACAUUUAGUUGUUCUUAAGUCGGAUUCGUACAAUCGUUUUGGGCAGAGAUUUCUUAUGAAUGUGGAAAGGGUUUUGUCGCUUUUAUUUACAAUGACAUGCUGGGGAUAGUAAAUGUUAUUGCAUAAGAGUUUCUUUUUGCAUGUGAAAACCCAUCAAAGACUUUUAAAAACAAAAACAUAAACCAUGAAUACUUGAUGGUCGACAGAUAAUUAAUGAGAAAAUCAACAUUUUAUGUUCUGGUUCUGUAUGAUAAUUUUUUUUAAUCAAGUUCCUAUUAAUGUAUAGUGAGUGAGUGAGUAUGGCUUUAGGCCGCUUUUAGCAAUAUUCCAGCAAUAUCACGGCGGGGGACACCAGAAAUGGGCUUCACUCAUUGUACCCACGUCAGGAAUCGAACCCGGGUCUUCGGCGUGACGAGCGAACGCUUUAACCACUAGACUAACCGACAGACCCCUAUUAAUGUAUAGACUUGAGGGGAUAAUAUUUCUUGUUUUCCAUUAAUUGUAUUCUAUAUAUAUUUUUAUUGACUGUUUCACAUAAUUCGUGUCUGUGUGUUUGUGUCUGAAACAAAACAAUGAAUUGGGCGUGUCAGAAAUCCUAGACUUUGAUUCUUGGUUUGCCAGGACCAUAUCCGUGCUCAUGGGUUUCACCACAGUGGUAUACAUCACUUUGGCUUUCUCCCUAAUCUGAGGCGCCGUGAUAUAACCAACAUACUAUUGAAAGCAGGGAAACACGACCAACUCACUCACAUCGAAGUAGGACGUGUUUUCUUAAAUGCGGUUUGACCCUGCCAAAUGGCAUCCCAGCAAACUUGACUCAAGUCAUUAAACCACUACUUUUUGCUUAUUUAUACUGUAUGAUGUAAAUGAAUCUCUCAUGUCAUGUAUUAAUAUCAUUACUUAUAAGAUAUGUUUGUGUUUUAGUUUAUUCAAUAACGUUUAUGUUUGUUUUGUUUCUUCGAUACACCUUUAGUAAUUUCUUCCACUUUUGAGAUUAUAUUAUUAUAUCCUUUUAUUUGAUGGUUUUUAUCCUCAAACUUAUGUUGCAUUGUGCGUUCAAAUAAACUUAUUUAGAUAACAUUUCACGCAGACGUUGAAUUUUAUACAUCUUUGUGUGAGCAUGAAUAUCAAGCUAUCAACACACUGUACAUUGUACACUUUUCCUAAAAAAUGUGUUUAUAGUUGGCUUUAGAUUAACAUCUAUAGCCUUAAGAAAAAGUUUAAGAAUUCACACAGUUAUUAUGAAUGGCACACAUGCAUUAUAUUUUUUAUAUUUCAUUGAUAUGUUCUGUGUAAAAGGGAGUUUGAUGCCCACCAAAGUAAUAUAAAACGUUUGUAUAUCUUUUUUUUCAGUUUCGUUGCCUUUGUCUAAAUAAAUAAAACAAAUAUGAUAAUAUU